UCAGUUUGGCUUUAUAUAAGCCACGUGUACAAGUCUGAGUCCCUGCGUAUGAAGCGGCAUCGGAAGCCCGAGUAUCAUAUUAAACUCUUCCAUCAACCCGCAGAAUGCAGCGGAUAGCAUUUCCAACCCCAACGGAAAAAAAACUGGAAUGGCAAAUCAGUCCAUGAAGCGUCUCUUCCUUCAUUUCGGUCGUUGUAAAAACAUCAUAAGGAAGCAAGAAUCAUAUCGGCAAUUCAUUAGUGGUAUUCUUACUAGAUUCCGUACACAAAGUUCAAAAGCAGAGAAAGCAGGAGCCGAUGAUUCAAGAGAGGGGAAAGAUGGGUCCCAAGGUUCCACAAAACCGAAACAGAAUGAGCAGAGAAAUCAAAGUUCGGGCCUUGCCAAAUACAGUUCUGAUGAUGAUGAUUUGAGUGAAACGAAAUGGAGGCUGGAACUUGCCUGGCUCACAAAAGUGCUUGAGCCAGCCUUGCAGAUGUGCAAGCGGGCUUUGGCAACAGGGGAUGAUAACCAAAAGAUCCCUCCUAGUAGUCGAUCUUUUGCAGAAAUUCUUGCAAGCCUUCAGCGGAGUAAAAUUGAUAUUAAAGACUGGAGUUUAAGUGACCUUACAGCGGUUUUAUACCUCAUCUAUCUUCAUCAAGCAUCUGAAGAUAAAAUUGAGGAUGUCAAGGGUGUGCAGAUCUCCUCUGAUCACAUAGUUCAAGACCUCAUAUAUCACACUGAAUUGGCAAAAGGUUGUUAUAAGGAAAAUGCUGCGGGUCUUGCACGCAACAGCAUGCUGCGGGAGCGGAAUGUUUUGAAGUUUGUUAAGGAUUCUAGCAUUUUGAGGCCCGGAUAUUAUAUAGGGACUGAUAUUCGUAAUAAAUUAGUGGUUCUUGGAAUCCGUGGAACUCAUACAGUCUAUGACAUUAUUACGGAUAUGGUUUCAUCAAGUGAUCAAGAGAUAACAUUUGAAGGCUUCUCGACCCACUUCGGGACAGGUGAAGCUGCUCGCUGGUUUCUUCGUCAUGAGAUGGGAACCAUAAGGAAGUGCUUGGAGAAACACCCGGGAUUUAGGUUGAGGCUAGUUGGGCAUUCUCUUGGUGGUGCUGCAGCUGCACUACUCGCAAUUUUGCUUCGGAAAAGGUCAGAAAAGGAGCUCGGAUUUAGUCCCGAUAUUGUUUCUGCCAUUGGGUUUGGAACUCCACCUUGUGUGUCAAAAGAACUUGCUGAAAACUGUGCCAGCUAUGUCUCCACUGUUGUAUUACAGGAUGAUAUAAUUCCAAGGUUAAGUGCUGCUUCACUAGCUAGGUUGAGGAACGAGAUCCUUCAAACUGAUUGGAUGAGUGUGUUAGAAGGGGAAGAUUGGAAGAGGUUUCUGGAGUUGGUUACAAAUGCUAAACAGGUUGUGUCCUCGGUACAAGAUGUAGCACGGAAACUUGCUGAUUAUGCCAAUUUCAGAACCAAGACAAAUGCCUCUGGUCUUUCUAGAAAGGAAUUAGCUGCCGGGAGAGAUGCUUUGUCAAAGCCACCUACAGAUACUACUCUCGUUGCCAAAGAGGAGCUGUUCACUCCUGGAACCCAGUACUAUUUGCAGAGGAAGGUAGAUGCAGGUGGUGUCAGCAUCAUAGGCAGAGAAUCUUACACUUACACGCUGUGGAAGAGGCACCCAGGCGAACAUUUUCAAAGGAUUGUGCUCUCAAGCAACUUGAUUUCUGAUCAUAAAUGCGAUAACCAUUACUAUGCUCUCAGGGACGUGCUUAAAGGUAUCCCGAAAUCCGCUGAUAGCAGCUUUUGUAGGUGGUGAUCUUUCUUAGUCCUUCAAUGUAAAUUUAGUGUAUAAGAGUUAUAUGAGGUUACAUCCAUACUCAAUGCAAACACAUCCCAAUGUGGACUGUGCAAGAUCCGAGUUUUACACAUGGUUGGAAACAACGCUUUGAUCUCCUGCCUAAAAAAUCAAGCUGUUUUGCUUGGGUGGGCCACAAAGUACUUAGUAAAUUGACAGUUAAAAUGAAUUUUCUGGCAAUCCAUUUGUAUGUAGUAGCCAUCUGGAUGUGAAUGGCCUGAUUUUUAGGCUAGAAGAUCCGAACAGUGAACCCCACCUGAUGGGAAGCUUAGAUCUCACACGCAUGUUCCAUAUUGGCAUGUGUGCCUAUGGAUGAAUGGGCAGGGCAAUCCCACACGUGUGUGUGGAAUUAGCGAACCUCAAAAUAUUUGUGCGGUAAUAACUUAUAUGGUAAAUUAGAAUUCUAUUCAAAUUUGGUUUCCCUGUGUUACUGUAAUUUGGAAUUCUGUUAACUGUUUCUAUCAGAUCGUAUCAAUCCAUCUCUUACAUGGUUGUAUUGGCAGCUAGAAA